CGGCGGGAGGGGCGGCGGGGGCAGACAAAGCGGCUAAUGAAUGGGCGCGCCCGCCGUGCCGUCCGCAGCCCGCGGGCCCGCGCCGCGCCGAGCCGGCGCCCCAGAUCCCUGGUGGCCUAGAGUUUGGAGAGAGACCUGGGCAGUGGAGCUCUGGAAGCAUGAAGACAGUAAGUGACCAUGAUGUUUCUGUGUUGCUGAAUUCUGCAUAAGAGUCACAGUUCCUCGCCAGACUCCACCUUUCUGCACCCCAGUCUUCCAUCCCCUUUUUGCCCCACUUUUCAGUACCUAGGUUUUUUUUUUCCUUCUGGAAUACUUCAAGUCAUUUACUUGCUAAUUAUUUGCAGUACAGGGUUUGAAUUCAAGGCCUCAUUUUUGUUAGUCAGGUGCUCUACUACUUGAACUACACCCCCCAACCUGUUUUGUUUUAAGUUAUUUUUCAGGUAGGGUUUCAAAUUUUUGCCCGAGGCUGUUCUUGCACUGUGAUCUGCCUAGCUAUGCCUCCCUCAUAGUUAGAAUUAUAGGUGUGUACCACCAUGCCAGGGUUUCUGGCUGAGAUGAGGUAAGACCUCAUCUAAGUUUUUUGCCGGGGCUGGUCUUAAAUCACAAUCCUCCCCAUCUCCACCUUCCAGUGGCUGGGAUUAUAGGUUUGCACCACCAUGCCUGGCCCUUUAGCUAAUUAUUUGAUACGUACUUUUGGUAGUUCAAAUUCUGGAAGGCACCUAUAGGAAUAAAUUAAAUCUUCCUUGUUCCUGAGGCAGAGGAACUUCACUCUGCAUGCCAUCUGGCAUUCUUACCUCUGUGCCCUGUACCUUACACUGUUCUACCUGGUGGGGCAGUGUGUCUUUAUAAAAAGUCCUGCCCUCAGAGAACGUGGUGGUGGUGAUCAGUGUAAACUAGAGAAAAGGGCCCGAUAGCUGGGUGUGCUUGUUGUCCAACCUACUUAGGAAGCUGAGGCAGGAGAAUCAUUUGAACCCAGAAGAUCAAGGCCAGCCUGGGUAACAUAAAAGAGGCCCCAUUUUCAAAAAGAAAAGGAAGAUACCCAGUAAAUGCUCCAAGGAAGACCACCAACAGGAAGUGCAAAAGGAUCACGGGUAUUAUCAAGAUGAUGGGGAGCCUGUCUUUAAGACCAGAAGCAUGUCUCUACUUCAAACAUUUGUGUCCACACUGUGAAGUGGUUAGUGGAAGCACCCCUGGACAGCUGGGCUUUGCAUCCUGAAACGGUGUGCUCCUAUAAACCACGUUCUCGCUCGCCUCCCAGUGAUAGUCAUGGUCAGCCAUGCUCAUGGAAACAUUCUGAAAGAUGGGAUUGCUCUGAAAAAGUGAGGGAUUCUCAUUUGGCGACACAGAUCAGUACUCAGACCAGUUUUUAUUAACCUACUACGUUAACGUGAUGAAGCAGCCGGAUAGUUAUGAUUGGUCAUGGAGAAUAAGCAAGAAACUUGUCCCAAAGGGGACAGUGAUCUCAUUUCUGAUAAAGUAAAUUUCAAAAUAGAGGAGGAGGACGAUGAUCAAAUUCCUAGUCAUGGUGUGGAAAGAAUGGACUUUAAAAGUGAGCCGGAGGACAUGAGACAGACAGACAGUGGUGAUGAGCAGGCAGAAAUUGGAGCGUCAAGCUGUGCUUGUCAGCCCCCUGGGAAGUACUUACCUGCUGAGAGCGAGGAUGACUACGGGUCGCUCUUCUCCCAGUACAGCAGCACACUGUACAACGUAGCCAUGGAAGCCGUUACCCAGAGCCUCCUUUCUAGCCGCCACAUAAGCUCCAGGAAGAAGUCCCCAGCUUGGAAGCAUUUCUUUAUCUCUCCUCGAGAUAGCACUAAAGCAAUAUGCACAUACUGUAUGAAAGAGUUCAGUAGGGGCAAAAAUGAAAAAGACUUGAGUACAAGUUGUCUCAUGAGACAUGUGAGACGGGCACACCCCACCAAGCUCAUGCAAGAAAACGGAAGCAUGUCAUCGGGGUCCUCCUUUCCCUCCCCCUCGCUCCUGCUUCCCCCACAGCCUGCCGAUGUGGGCGACCUCAGCAGUGUGCUCUCACCCAUCAGACUCGCGAAGCUGGCUCCCAAGAUCCCAUCCCCUGACCGAAUAACGGAGGAGUCUGUGUCUGUGGUCUCUUCUGAAGAGGUGUCCUCAGAGGUCUUCUCUGAUGGUAGAGAAGAGGCCCUGGCAGGGCCAUCCCCACACCUCCCCACGCUCCAUUAUGAUGAAACUGAGAGCAUGGUGGAGAGGAACCUUCCCCUCCCCAAGAGUACGUCCGGGUCCAGGAGGAGGUCGGCCGUCUGGAAACACUUCUACUUGUCGCCCCUCGAUAGCUCCAAAGCCGUCUGCGUCCACUGCAUGAAUGAGUUCAGCAGAGGGAAGAACGGGAAGGACCUGGGCACGAGUUGCCUCAUCAGGCACAUGUGGCGAGCACACCGGUCCAUCGUGCUGCAGGAGAACGGGGGUGGCACAGGCAUCCCACCCCUGUACCCUGCCCCGCCAACCCUCCUGCCUGCCCUGCUGGCUCCAGAGGGGGAUCCAAAUACUCUGUCAUCGUCUCCACGGAAGCUGGUCAAAGAGAGUCCCUCUGCCUCCUCAUCCCCAGACAGGCUGACCGAGGAUCUGCCAUCACACAGGAAUCCUGAGGAUGUGCCCCAGGAAGAUGUGUCCAUGUUGUCAUCCUCUGAUGAACUGGGUGAGGCCUCUGUGGUGUCCUCUCCUGAGAAGCAGCCAGCUGAUGGGGAGAGUCUGAGAAGGUUUGAAUCAGGUGCUGUCUUCCAGCAGAACAAAAAGGUCAUGAAAAGACUGAAGUCUGAAGUCUGGCACCACUUUUCACUGGCCCCCAUGGACAGCCUCAAGGCAGUGUGUCGGUACUGUGGCUGUGUCAUCAGUCGGGGGAAGAAAGGGGAUGUGGGCACCAGCUGUCUGAUGCGACACCUGUACCGACGCCACCCUGAAGUUGUUGGGAACCAGAAGAGCUUUCUGGGGGCAAGUUUGGCAAACUCUCCAUAUGCCACUUUGGCUUCGGCAGAAAGUUCCUCCUCCAAACUGACAGACUUACCAACAGUGGUCAGAAAAAACCAUCAAUGUAUCUUUCCCGCUAAUAGCAAGAAGACCUCAAAGCUGUGGAACCACUUUUCUAUUUGCUCUGCAGACUCCACUAAGGUGGUGUGCCUGCACUGUGGCCGGACCAUCAGCAGGGAAAAGCCCACCAACCUGGGCACCAGCUGCCUCCUGAGACAUCUGCAGCGGUUCCACGGCCACGUGCUCAAGACUGGUGUCUCAGAGGCUGCACGGCCCUGCUCCCCAGGCAUUCGGGCACCAUUGAGUGUGGAGCCAUCGGGAGCCCCGGUGACCUCCUUUGAUGACCCUACUGAGAAGUUUUAUGACUCUCACCCAGUUGCCAAAAAAAUCACAAGUCUCAUAGCUGAAAUGAUUGCACUUGACCUUCAGCCAUACUCUUUUGUAGACAACGUUGGCUUUAACAGGCUGCUCGAAUACUUGAAACCUCAGUACUCUUUACCUUCCCCUUCCUACUUCUCUAGGACAGCUAUCCCAGGAAUGUAUGACGAUGUGAAGCAGAUAAUUAUGUCACAUCUGAAAGAAGCUGAGAGUGGUGUGGUCCACUUCACCUCUGGAAUAUGGAUGAGUAGCCAGACCCGGGAGUACCUGACCCUGACGGCACACUGGGUCACCUUUGCGUCCUCAGUCCGACCGCGAUGCAAGGACCACCACUGCUCAGCACUUUUAGACGUGUCGCAGGUUGACUGCGACUACGGUGGCAGCGGCAUUCAGAAGCAGCUGGAGUGCUGGUGGGAAGCCUGGGUGACCUCCAUCGGCCUGCAGGUUGGCAUCACGGUCACGGACAAUCCGAGCAUAGGGAAGACGCUGAGUGAGGGGGAGCACUCCAGCGUCCAGUGCUUCAGCCACACGGUGAACCUGAUCGUGAGCGAGGCCAUCAAGAGCCAGAGGAUGGUGCAGAACUUACUGAGCAUUGCGCGGAAGCUGUGCGAACGUGUCCAUCGGUCACCCAGAGCCAGAGAGAAACUAGCCGAGCUGCAGAAGGAGUACGAGCUGCCACAGCACCAGCUGAUCCAGGAUGUGCCCUCCAAGUGGAACUCGUCCUUUCACAUGCUCGAACGGCUCAUUGAGCAAAAGAGGGCAGUGAACGAGAUGUCCAUCGAGUGUAACUUCAGAGAACUGAUCAGUUGUGACCAGUGGGAGGUCAUGCAGUCCGUGUGUCAUGCACUGAGACCUUUCGAUGCUGCGAGCCGGGAGAUGAGUGCCCACGGGUCUACUCUGAGCCAGGUCAUCCCUAUGAUCCACAUCCUCAGCAGGAAGGUCGACAUGCUCUUUGGGGAGACGAUGGGCAUCGACACCAUGCUAAAGUCGCUGAAGGAAGCCAUGGCGAGCCGCCUGUCUGCCACCCUCCAUGACCCCAGGUACAUCUUUGCCACGCUGCUGGACCCUCGCUACAAAGCCUCCCUCUUCACAGAGGAAGAGGCGGAGCAGUACAGGCAAGACUUAAUCAGGGAGCUAGAAAUACUGAAUUCUACCUCAGAAGACACGGCUACGUCCAAUGGCUGUGACUCAGGGUCCCCAUCGAAAGACUCUGGUGGAGGGGAGAACCUAUGGUCACUUGUGGCCAAGGUGAAGAGGAGAGAUCGGAGAGAGAAGCCACCUGAAGACAUGGUGCUUGCAUAUUUGGAGGAAGAGGUGCUGGAACACAGCUGUGACCCACUCACCUACUGGAACCUGAAGCGGUCAUCCUGGCCUGGGCUGUCUACCUUGGCUGUCAGAUUUUUGGGCUGUCCCCCAAGUACCGUCCCCUCUGAAAAGCUGUUCAGCACUCCCACAGAGACUGGUGGCUUUGGGCAGCCCAGGCUCAUGAUGGAGCAUUUUGAAAAACUCAUCUUUUUGAAAGUGAAUCUCCCCUUGAUAUACUUCCAGUAUUGAACUUACGAUGGAGCUGUCAGACUAGGGAUGCUCUUCAUAGUUCUAGCUGUUGUGCCAGGGCUGUGACUCACCUGGCGGGGCCGUGUAGGACACCAGACCAGGCUCUGGGGCCAGCUGCCGGCUCUCACCGUAAUGUCCACGUGUGCCUUACUCCUCCUUCAGGCCAGGGGUCGCGUGUGUUUUGAGAAGUCCUCUAGAGACAGCCUGUUUUGUCAAUUAUGAAAUCGAAUGAUCAGGUUUUAAUUCAUAGCUGUAAAGUUUUUAAAAGUUAAGGGAUAGUAAUUUGUUUUACUAGAAUGGAGAGAAGAUGUAAACAAUUUUAUUCUAUAGGCUUUUUAUUCAAUUGUGUAAAAAAAAACUACAAAUCAGGUGCUGUAUUUUAGUUAAAUGUUGCUUUAAUUGCAACAAAACAGCUUUUGUGGCUGUCAGACGAAACCUGUAAAUAGGAGGUGGAGGUCAAGCCAUCCUGACUGAGCAGUUUUUAACUGCAGGCUCCAAAGUACAUUAAGGAGUGGAGAGAAUAUUCUGGCAUUCUGGAAGCUAACUGUUUACUAUGACAGAGACGAGGCAUUUGAAAACAAACUGAACUUCAGUGUAUCGUGGAGUGUCAGCUAUGUGGUCAUUUGGUCACAAGAACUUCCCCAUUUCAGGUGUUUGCAUUCAGGUUUUACAGUUAACUCAGAGACACCCCACCUACUUACCGUGAGCUCCUUGAAGUUGGAUCCCAGUUGAUAAAUUCAUGCUUAUGCUUUAGUCAGGGCAUACUGUGACACGUUUACAGCAGACGGCCUGUUGAUCAAAUCUCCAUGCCUCUGAUUUAGUGUCUACGCUAUAAAGCUACCCCGUUAAAUGUGUGUACUGCCCCCCAGUUUGAUCAAAUUACAGCAAAGAUUCUUUUUAGAGGAGAUGGCUUACUAAGAAGGAAGGCGCUUGUUGUGUUAGCAUCACAGCUGUGAGGAUGGCCACUUAGACUUUUUUCUAUGAUAGGGAAGACUCAGCCAUCACUGGGGAAUUGUAGAGUCCCAAGGACGUCAGAAUGAAAUAGGAGUUGUCAGGUUCUUUUAGCAGUGUCUUCAGAAUUUUUGCUUUAACAUCUAAAAGAAGGUUUGUUUUCUCAUUUCAAAUAAAUUAAAUAUUCUGAGUGAGACAAGUCACUCACUUGCCUAUGACCUUUUAAAGAAAAGUUGUUUUGUUGAAAUACUGUCCUAUGCUCAGUCUGAAUUUGCGUGGACUCUGCGUUAGUGUAUUUAUAAAUGGUGAACUUGGCUUCUGAAACUAAACUUUUCAUUUGCAAUUUUCUAGUGCUGGUAGACACACUGACUUUUUAUUUUUACAAUAAUAAAGCAAGUGUGCUCUUUGUGGGCCAAUAUGGAGAAACUGUACUCAUACAGCAUUUGAAAUGUUACCUUACCCACUGGGGAGUGGAAACAGGGUUUUUUCUUUUUUGUGGUAUUGGGGUUUGAA